AUGGCUCCGCUCCGCCGCCUCUGCCUCUGCCUCCUCCUGGCUCUGCUGCUGCCGCUUCCCGCGGCACCGGCACCGGCCCCGGUCCCGGUCCCGCUUCGCCACCCGGACUGGACCGCCUGUAGGAUCCUGUCCCGGGAACUGUCGCGGCUGCUGGCGACCGUCAAGGAGCCCCACUCGGCGCUGGAGGGGAUGCAGCUGCUGGAGGAGGACCCCCAGAAUUGGCCCCCUCGGAUCCGCUGCAGCGACGCCUGUGACCCCCAGACGCUGGAGACCAACCACACGCGCUGCCUGCACCGGAUCCGCCAGGCGCUCCAGCACUACCGGGACCUGCUGGGCUCCGACAUCUUCCGGGACCAGCCCCAGCCCCAGCUGGAGACCACGAUGGAGCAGCUGCUGCGCCACGUCCAGGUGAGGAACCGGGGGCUCGCAGGGAGGCACCAGGCACCCCUCGGACCCCCCGCUCUGACCGCGCUGUCCCCACAGGAAGGGCACGGCCGCCCCCCCCGGCACCCCCUGGUCUCCACCGACGUCUGGGCUCAGCCGUACCAGCGGCACCUGGCGCUAAAGCGGCUCCGCUCCUUCGCUGCCGUCAUGGGCAGGGUCUUCAAUCACAGCGCCCGCUGA